GAUUAACCUUGAUAAAUAAGGGUUAUUUGGUAUAUACUAGCUAGUAUUAGCAGCGUUUACAGUAAAAAAACAGUGACGUAUUUAACUACACUGAACAAAUACCAAAUAAUCGUGUUGGCUCAGUCAAAUGGCGAGUAGAGGGCAGCUACACUCUCUUUGGCAGUUGCACAGAGCUAGCUAGUAGGCUAUCCUCUAUCGAUUAACGCCAAACAAAAUUACGAAUGGAAAAUGAGAUAUCACACAGGUUAAUUUUUGAGUAAGUUACUUGGUUUAUCUUAAUUGCGUUGAAUUAAUGAAAGGAGGUAAACUCUGAAAACAGGCCAGAGUUCGGGAUUUUCUUUUCGCCUCUCGCUUCACAAGCGUACAUGCAGAGACUCAUCUUUAUGCAUAAGUGGUCUUUGUUAGAAGGAAACCACAACUGAGCUGCACCACGGGGAAAAACCAAGACGACGCUGUAGGCGUGUCUGUCAACUUUAUCAUUUCUUUCAGGAAGUAGACAUAUUUUAUUUCUCGUGCCAUAACUUUUCUUUUGCGUGCGAUAGAAACACGUUGAUGGUGAGCUUUGGUUGAGGAACUGUCAUGUCGGACUCUUUGGAACGGUCUACGAAGAUCAACUCGUUGAAGGAGCCGGUUGUGAAGAGGCUGUGUGAGGUGCUGGACAAAUCCAGCACUAAAGGAUGGCGAAAACUUGGAGAGAUUGUUGCCAAUGAUAGACGGUUUAAAGUCAGCUCGGACGACAUGGAGAUGUGCUCGCUGAAGGUGCUGGAGCUGGAGGGAAGCCCGAGUCUCAUGCUGCUGAGGCUGAUGGGAGAGCGAGGCUGCACCACAGGCCAUCUGAUGGACUACCUCCAAACUUUAGGCAACUCAGAGGCUCUGCAGUGCCUGAAACCGCCAGCCCUCCAGAUCCUCAUUCAGCCCCAGGCUGUAUCCAUUAUAUGUGGCCACAAUCUGCGGCUCAGCUGCCAUGCUGUGGGCAAGUCUCCAGUACAGUACCAGUGGUUCAAAUCUAAGGAAGAGGUUCCAAACAGCUUCUCCCCAGACUUGGUAAUAAGUCCAGUCCAGAUGAAGGAUGCUGGUUUUUACAUCUGCAGAGUCAACUGUGGAGAUGCCUUUGAAUUCAGCCACUGGGCUCAGGUGGAUGUCCUGAAUGUCACCUUGUGUUACGGGCAGAGUUAUCACUCUUUAGAUGGUCGACUAAAGGUGGUGAUCCAGCCUCAGUCCCAGCGGCUACAUGUUGGGGAAGAUUUGCAGCUGGAAUGCGGAGCCGUGGGACGGCCGAUUCCUCGAUACCAGUGGCACAGAAAUGGAGUCCCAAUUCCAAAUUCUACAAAGAGGAAACUCAUGAUUCCUCACGUGAUGCAGGAACAACAAGGCAGGUAUCGCUGUGAGAUCAGCAGCAGCUCUGAGAGAAUGUGGACCAAUGAAGUUGAUGUUGUGAUAGCACCAAGGAUAUCAGUCCAGAUUUCAGGGGCAAUGGAGUGCUCUGAAGAUGACAUUUACGCCAUUGGAGAAGGUUCCAAUGAAUUCUUCCUAAACAGUAUUCCUGAACAACUUUAUGCAACUGACAAAGUGGCCCUGCUGAUCGGAAACCUGUCUUACCAGAACCACCCGCAGCUUAAAGCUCCAAUGGUGGAUGUUUAUGAUCUCACUAACCUCCUGCGGCAGCUAAACUUCAAGGUGGUUUCGCUACUAGACCUCACAGAGUCAGAGAUGAGAAAUGCUGUAGAUGAGUUUCUACUUCUACUUCACAAAGGAGUCUAUGGUCUGCUGUACUAUGCUGGUCACGGAUAUGAAAACUAUGGAAACAGUUUCAUGGUGCCAGUAGAUGCUCCAAAUCCGUACCGCUCGGCCAACUGUUUGUGUGUGCAGAGCAUCCUUAAACUGAUGCAGGAAAAGGAGACAGACCUCAAUGUUUUUCUGCUGGACAUGUGCAGGAAGAGGAAUAUUCACGAUGACAGCACUCCAAACGUCGUCCUGAGGGUUACCGCCAACAUUGUCUUUGGAUAUGCUACGUGCCAAGAUGCAGAGGCCUUUGAGCUGAGCUCCACCGGCUUCACUAACGGUGUGUUUGUCAAGUUUCUGAAGAAGCGUCUGCUGGAUGACGAGAAGAUCACUGUGGUGCUGGACAGAGUCGCCGAGGAUAUGGGCCAGUUUGACGCUACAAAGGGGAAGCAGGCUCUGGAGAUCCGCAGCAGUCUGUCGGAGAGGAGAGCGCUGACGGAUCCUAUUUUGCCCGGAGACAGCGCUGAUCUCGCUCAUGCCCACAGCCGACAGUGGGCAAAAGCUCACGAACUUCCUGAGAGUAUGUGUCUCAACUUUGACUGCGGCGCUCAGAUUAAGUUGGGCUUCGCUGCGGAGUUCUCCAAUGUGCUCGUGAUUUACACUCACAUCGUUAAGAAACCUACAGACAUGUCCUUCUGUCAAGCACACGUCACUGACUUCUCACAGGACCUUGAUGUGGAUCCUAAAUUGAUGAAUAGAGAAACUCCAGAGGAGACAGGGAUCUACCUCCUGUCCAGCAGUCUGCCACAGCACUGUCUCUACACCAGACUCAGCUCACUGCAGAAGCUUAGGGAGGAGCUGGUCUUCACCGUGUGCCUUCAGGGAACCUUCACUGCUAUGGACGACGAUCAUCCGAUCCACUGGACGAAAAGCGUCAACAUUGGAAAGCCGCUGAUAGCCCGACUGGAUCUCCACCGGGCCAUGCGGCGAAACAGCUGCCUGCAGACCUGCCUGAUGCCCCACAGUCCAUCCCACAGCCCCUGUCACAGCCCUGGACCCGAACACCGCCACCACCUCUAUCACGGGUCACACCAGGCCCAGGACUACAACCGCCUCUCCCCGCAGCAUCGCUAUUUGGACAUCGGUGAGCAUCUGCAGGGCGCAGUUGGAGGCUGCGGGGAUAUCUACUAUGAAAAUCUCAGCCAGUGUCGCUAUGACCCACCGUACACCUCCGGUGGGCUUUCGAGCUCACCAGGCAGGCUCAGCAUUCCCAUAGAGACCACAGACGACAUCAACGAGCUGCAGACUGUGUUCAUCAACAGUCUUCAGCUACAGCCACAGUGAGACAGAAGAGAAGCUUUAAAUGUCUGUAGUUCUGAAUCUAUAUUACUGCUGCUCUUGUUGUUACAUAUUUCAAAUGUAUAUUUUAUACAUCGGUUGUUUCAGAAAGUGUUAUGCUGACCUUUGUAUAUCUGUUUUGAGAACUGAAAACAUGUAUUUGAGUAAACUGACUAAUAGGUCCUCAUGUAACAGUAUUUCAGAGACUUAAAAAUAGAGCUGAAACUAUUUUUCUUAGCCAGAUGCAUUUAAACUACAAACUAGGUGGGCAUUAAAAUAAAAACGGUACAUGGUAUGCAUUUUAUCAAAUAAACCUGAGAAAAAGAGGUGGUUUACAUCCAUGUUUGUAUUCCUGUAUUUAUAAUUAUUACUUAUACAUUUGUGACUUGGCAGCUUUUUUGUUAUUAUAUAUGAAGGUUAAGGGUGGUGCAGUGGUUAGCACUGUUGCCUCACAGCAAAAGUGUUGGGUCUUGGGUUUGAAUCCACCAGCUGGAUGAGGAAUUUGUGUGUAUUUUUAUGUUCUCUCUGCUUUCACUGUGUAAAUAUAUGAAUGGGUUAACUGGUGAUAUAUCAUUACAGCCAUCAAAUACUGGUUCAAAAAGUAUAAUUCUAUAAUAUUAUUUUCCUCUGAAUUGUAGAAAUAGCAUAAAUUGGAAAUAAUCUUAUAGUGGAUCGCCCUUUCCUUAUUUUAUCUUACAUAUAUACCAUUAAAGUAUAUGGCCCUCAUUUAUAAAGUGCUUUACAAACCUGAACAUUACGGCUAACCCUGGAUUUUCCUGUUUGAAUGCAACUAGCCAAACAGCGAAGAGCCACUUACUGCUGAAGAGACAGAGUGAAAGUGACAUAAAACUCAUUGUUGCAAUGGGAGACAGCACAGAUGUGAUCAACUUAAACUGAAUUUUAGUUUUAGUGACCUUAUUUUCCUCUGCGUUAUCGAUUCUGUCACUAGUUCCGGAACCAACCAACCACACGAGACUUUAACCCCUUAGUUAUUAAACCUGGCUUCAGUUUCUGAGAGUAGGGCCCAACAGUGCAGCAUUUCUUGUCCCCUUUAGUCAUGACUUCUAAUUAGUAUAGAUCACUUUAUGUAGAGUGCAACACGUGGUUACAAUCAAGUAACUUAUUAGAAUUUAAAUCCAUCCAUCCAUUCAUUCACUUCCGCAUAUCCUUUGCUGGAGUGGAGGGGUGCUGGAGUCAGCUGUCAUAGGGCGAGAGGCGGGGUACACACUGGACAAGUCGCCAACAGUGCUAACCACCAUGCUAACCACCGUGCUGCUCCAAAAUAUUCAUACUUUUGGAGUGGGAGAUCGAGUUCAUAAGUAACGUUUACAAGGCGUGUGGCAGGUAGUCACUUGAGUAUUGUUUUUAAUUUGAUUGUGUGUGUUACUGGGAAGUCAUAUAGGGCUGGUUUACUAUAAAACUUGGAGCUGAAAAUGAGCCUUAAAGUACCUUAAAGAUAUAUUAAUGAGUCAUGUUUGUUAAUUUCUACUACUGAUCUCUAACAAUACACCUGUAUAAAUAAAAACAAUCAAACCAACAAAAAAAAAAA